CGGGACUCGUGACUUUAUCCUUGAAAUAAUCAUUCUUAAUAUCAUGUGUGCGUAACUGUUGAACGCGCGUUAGGAAGGUAGACAGUAACUUAUAUUUCUUCCGCAGAGGCUUUUAAGUAACCAAAUUACAUGAAUUCCGCGCGAGACUUGUAAACAGAUCUGGGCUGUGGGCCGCAGCUUUCUGUUCACGACAUGCUGACGGGCUGAAGUCUUAGCAAUGAUGAGAUUCGUUCAUAUUCUCCGCAAGAAAGCGCGGCUCCCAAUUACAGUUAUCCUGUGCUUGAUUUUUGGUGCUGUAACGUUCAAUAUUUUGCUGUCUACAUCCGUCAAUGGCCGAGUAAGCAGCGGAAAAGCUGAAGGUUCAUCAGAGCAAAUUCUUGCAUCGAGGCGGCAGCUAGAAGCAUACGACGUUGGACAAGCUAUUCCCGACGAGAAGAAAGUCGUAUUUUUAACAAGGAGAGACGAAUUCGAGUUGAAUAGCAAGGAGUUCAAUCAAGAUCCGGCUGUAAAAUUCCCUCCGAAAGAAGUGAACGAGGAGCAUUGGGGCGGUUCAGGCUCAAAGAGAGAAUUCCCUCGAAUUGUACAAGCGGUAGAAGUGAGAAAUCCAAGUCCGAACGUGGUCAUGGCUUCCCAUGCAGACAGAAGAGCACCCAUUCAUUGGGAAAACGUAGAUGAUGGAAGGGCGGAUAUGGGAGGUUUCCGGAAGUUCUCGAGAACUGUACCAGAAAGCCGAAUAGUGCAUUUCGACCUCAAGGGAGCUGCUCCGAAAGUGAAUUAUUUGAAAUCCAUCAUGAGCCUAGCGCGAAAACACGGUGCUACAGGAGUUCUGAUGGAGUGGGAGGACAUGUUGCCGUUUUCUGGACGACUGGCAAAUUUGACUCGAGCCGGAAACCAUUAUUCUGAAAAAGAGGUGGAAGAACUACUUGAUCAUGCCAAAUCUUUGGGUCUCGAUAUCAUUCCACUCGUUCAAACUUUUGGUCACAUGGAAUUCGCACUGAAGAACUACGAGUUCAGGGAACAGCGAGAAAUUCUAAAAAAUCCUCAGGCAAUUUGUCCUUCAAAGCCGUCGUCGAUUGACCUCGUGAAAAUGAUGAUCGAUCAAACCAUGGCUUUACACGUGCGGUAUGGGAUCAAGUUCCUGCACAUUGGCUGUGAUGAAGUUUUCCAUCUUGGGGAGUGCGAACUUUGUCGGUUAGUGCAGAAGAGUUCUCCAACUAUGAACCUUGGGAUAAAAGCUGAUGAAAUUAGGAGGCAGUCGAAGAACUCGAUGAAAUUCUCCUGUAAUCAGGACGCUCAUAUCAGAUCAAGAAAUAAAUGUUAUGUAUAUUCUUACAGGGAGAAAUCGCGUGAGGCUUUGUUCCUCGGUCAUCUCCGAGUGGUCGGACGUUACGUUCGGGAUACUUACGGCGUUAUUCCGAUCGUCUGGGAUGACAUGUUGCGACAAUAUUCAGCUUCUGCCCUGAUGGAGUACGACUUGGGCAACAUCGUAGAACCCAUGGUUUGGGUGUACGCUGAAGACAUUUAUCGAUUUGUUUCCCCAUCUGUGUUCGACACGUUCGCCGAAGUCUUCCCCACUGUGUGGGCUGCGAGUGCUUUCAAGGGUGCUUUCGGAGAGACCCUGGUCGUGCCUCCUAUGAAACGCCACGUGGAUAACAACGUCAACUGGCUCGACGUGAUUUCCAGAGAGCAGGGGAAAUUCAAGCAGGGUUUCAGGUUGCGAGUACCACUUGUAUUAAUUUUUCAGGGACUCGUGCUGACUGGCUGGCAACGAUACGAUCACUUUGCUGUGUUGUGCGAAAUCUUACCGACGGCAAUUCCGUCGCUUCUGCUCAACUUGUUGAUCGUGACUGAUGGUGGGUUUGACUGGCCGCGACAAGAGAAACGGUUCAGGGACGCGCUCGAAUGCCAUCUCGGGGACACGACACACACAUCGAAUACGUUCGAUUGGGACAAUGACCCGAACAUGCUUCGCUUGGUGUCGAUGUGCUCGUUUCCGGGAAGUAAAUUCCUGCGAGUUGCCAAGCGGUAUUUGAUGACGCUGGAGUCGUAUAAGACGAAAGUUACGGAGCUGAAAGCCAAAGGCUGGUUUACUGAUUACAACGUUAGACAUCGGUUCACGAGUCCAAGUCGCAUUGAUGAAUUCUCGUGGGAAUUCAAUAUGCUGAGAUCCGAAGUUAACUUUCUGAUGAACGACGCGGAAAAGGAACUCUCGCCGAUCUUCGACAACGCCACGGUGAUCGAGUGGAUCGAGCAGAAACUCUAUCCCAUGGCGAAGGAAUUGCUGGAGAUAUCAGAAAUGUCGAAGGCUGUCGCGGGCGCCGAGUCUUGGCCAAGACGGCCUUUGCCUGCAGACCCGACGCUCCUCUCGUUGCUCAAUGGGCUCAAAGGGGGUUCCCCGAAGACCGAUCGAGGUUCCGAUGCCAACAAGAACGCAGAUGAACCACGGUUCUGAAAUAGUUCCGGAUAAAUUUAAUCUGCGCCUUCCGGGUUUGCAAACCAAAGCCUACUUCUUCGUAGUUCAUUCCCAGUAGAGGCAUUGUUUUUUUUUUUUUUUUUUUAAGGGUUACCCCUACCCGUGCAAGACCAUUUGACGUGAAUAUUUGUACUUAGGCAAAUGUGGGUUGUAGACGAACGUAGCACUUCCUUCCUUUUAAUUCUGCUUAGAUGGGUGCUGAACACGGGAGCUUUUAGUAUUGCAUUCUUGUUCGCAAUAAGAGGGGCUUUUGACGAGAAAUUCAAGAGGCAACUUUGUUGAGGCACAAAUUUUGCCGUGCCAGGUUUAAACUUGUUCCAUUGUUGAAGAUUUUGAAUGACGCAAGUACUUCCUAUCGGCUAAUCGCUCUCGCGGCCCUGGAAAACUUGACCAGAACUGCUUAAUCAUUAGGUAUAACCUGUGUCUGAUUGUUUUGGAGUAUGCUUCAAGCGACAAAAAAAAGGAAAAAUGUGCACUGGGCAGCUGUGAUUGUAAAUGCUAAACCUCCAAUUCCGUUCUUUCGUUGGCUCGAAUGCGACUGACUUAUGCCAAGGAUCGUUGGAUUCACACUGAGUUUUACCUGAUCGCUUAGAGAAUUUGAGAAUCUCAUGACUCGAAUGAGGAACAACUAGGCCUGCAUUUUGGUUCCAAUCGUCAUUCGAGAGGCUUUAUAGAAAUCCAUUCACUUGGUUUGUGGUCAGUUGGACGUGCGGGUGUUCUUGAAAAAAUCCUCAUUCUGGUUCUUUCCCAGUUGUCGACACUUGCCAUGAUGUAUCUUGUUUUUUGGGGAUUUUUUUGCAGAGGAAAAAAAAAGAGUUGGUACCUCUGCAUCUGUUCCGCUGUGGAACAGAGUUGUGUUUGGGACUGUGUUUGAAAUCAUAGGGAAUAAUUAAGGAGUAUUUUUUGUGCCGUGAGAA